AUGAUCAGGUGGAAGCAUGGGCGGGUGGGUGGAAGCAUGGGCAGGUGGAAGCAUGGGCGGGUGGAAGCAUGGGCGGGUGGAAGCAUGGGCGGGUGGAAGCAUGGGCGGGUGGAAGCAUGGGCGGGUGGAAGCAUGUUCGGGUGGAAGCAUGGGCGGGUGGAAGCAUGGGCGGGUGGAAGCAUGGGCGGGUGGAAGCAGGGGCGGGUGGAAGCAUUUGCGGGUGGAAGCAUGGGCGGGUGGAAGCAUGGGCGGGUGGAAGCAUGGGCGGGUGGAAGCAUGGGCGGGUGGAAGCAUAGGCGGGUGGAAGCAUGGGCGGGUGGAAGCAUGGGCGGGUGGAAGCAUAGGCGGGUGGAAGCAUGGGCGGGUGGAAGCAUGGGCGGGUGGAAGCAUGGGCGGGUGUGUGGAAGCAUGGGCGGGUGGGUGGAAGCAUGGGCAGGUGGAAGCAUGGGCGGGUGGAAGCAUGGGCGGGUGGAAGCAUGGGCGGGUGGAAGCAUGGGCGGGUGGAAGCAUGGGCGGGUGGAAGCAUGGGCGGGUGGAAGCAUGGGCGGGUGGGUGGAACCAUGGGCGGGUGGAAUCAUGGGCGGGUGA